UGUUUUCUAGCUUUAUAUCUAAUCUACUGCUUUUCCGAAUCUCAAAACACAAGAGUAGCUCAAUGGUUCCAGUCAUAAUCAAAAGCCUUCUUUUCUUCUUUGCUUUCUUUAAUUAACUUCUUAAUUUAUUUAAGGGAACAUCAGACUCUAAACUCUUGUCUGCUCUCAUUUUCUUAAUUAAGAUCCCUUAGUGUUUGUUAAAACAUGCUUUCCUCAUCCCCACCGCCAGUAUUUCCGCCACCACCGCCACCACUAAAGCAAACCAUUCCAGUCCCUCUAGACCGAAUUGUAAUAUCAAAGCCAGUUAUAAACCAACAAGCUCCGGCUUCAGAAAAAACGGAUCUUGACACUCAUAACUCAAGAGGAGUUAGAAAAUCAAUCCUACUACAUCCUCGACGGACCAAUCCAUUGAUAUGGUGCUGUGCAAUCCUCUGUUUGAUAUUUAGUCUUAUUCUUAUCUUGUUCGGAGUAGCAACGUUAAUCAUCUUCCUCUCCAUAAAACCAAGAAUUCCAGCGUUUGACACUCCUAAUGCAAGCCUCAGCGGCAUCUACUUCGAUUCACCAGAAUAUUUCAAUGGUGAUUUUACCUUCCUGGUAAACUUUUCCAACCCCAACCACAGAAUUGAUGUAAGAUUCGAGUAUCUGAUUAUAGAGCUCUACUUUCAUGACAGUCUCAUUUCAAGUCAAGCUGUUCAACCUUUCUCUCAGAGAAGACGAGAAGCUAGAGUAGAAACAGUUCAUUUUAUAUCGAGCUUAGUCUAUUUGCCCCAGAAUCUUGGUGUGGAACUACAGAAGCAGAUUAUGAGCAACAAGGUUAACUACAACAUAAGAGGGACUUUUAAAGUGAGAGCCAAUCUGGGUUUGAUCCAUUUUUCUUAUUGGUUACAUAGCAGAUGUGAGUUAGUGAUGUCUAGUCCACCAACAGGUGUUUUAGUUUCCCAUAGUUGCAAAACAAGGAGAUGAAAAUGCAAACCCUUUUUCUUUAAUCUCCAGAUAUUUCGGCUAUGUUUGAU